UGGUCUUCCAUCACAUCUCUUCCUGGUGCACCAUUGUUUUCUAUCCACAUCCACAGAAGGUGGACGGUCUUAGAAUUCACGUAAUCGAGUUUUACACAGUGAUUCCUGACCAUACUGAGCUCGUGAUUUUAGUGUCCUCUUCAAGACGACUUGUGGCCACACUGCAGAGAAAUCGCAAUGACGAACUUCAUUUUCUUUUUCAUUUUGGUCGCUUCAUUCGCGAAGGUGAGGCCUCACUCGACACCCCUCCUCUCUGAGCUCGUACAACAGCUACACCUUACACCUGGAUACACUUCCAACUCGCAAAGGUUCCUCUUGAUACCUGUGCAGCGUCCUCUGGAUACGAGGCAGAAAGAGAAGAAAAGGCUAGUGGUGGAGACGGCGCAGGUGAUGGACACUGGCACUGCAGCGAUCCAGCAGGACGUGGGAAUAUCUGUUCAAAUAACAACAGAUGGUAAAACAGAGUCCAUGGAUGUAGAUUCCUUGGAUGAGGUUUUCCUGGAGCAUGAUGGAUAUGAACAAGUCCCCUUCAGUAUGCAAGUGCCACUGGUCUUGCCUUUUGAUUUCCGCUUCAAACAAGACUCUGAGUUAGAAUCCCCGCCAGAGUGCUCCACUGACGCACGGACCUGGCGGGAGCAUGUCAUCAACGACGUCAUGAACAUUCUGGAACUCCCAGGCACGCAACCCUGGAACCUUCAACCGCAAGGGAUCUCAGCCGAAUUGAGACUCAAGAGGGACAAACUGGCGACCCUGUGGGAACUGGAUUUCGAAGACAAGGAUACUGUCGAGACAUUCAUGGCUAACCUGAAGUUAUUUGAGGAUGAAGCGUACAAUUUAUGCAAUAUCUUCAAUCAGGAACCAUCUCAGGUAAACCUGGAAAACUUGUCUGCCCUGGCUGAGUGCAUCUACACUUACCAGUUCAUCCAGGAGUGUGUGUCAGCAGUACGCAACGCCUACGCCACCAUCGACAAUCCAGUCUGGGAAGUCACUGAGGUAAAUGCAGUCGCGGUCCGCGUCGCUAUUAUGCUGCAACAACUUCAACCUCGUCCCUAGUAGCAGGGCUGUCACUGCGCACCGGAGACUGUUGGAGCGUUGAUCACCAUGCCCCCAAGUCAUCACUGAACAACCCACACUCACCAUCAGCUGGGGAGGCAAUGAUAUGGCCCAGCGGUACUCGCGCCACUUGAAUAAAUGUAAAAUACUGAAAAUUUAA